AUGGCUUUCGACACUGUCCACCGGUUGGUGGCCAGGAAAGAGAGAGAGACCGAUGCCUCACCAUCUCUGUCCGCCCUGCUUACCACGCUCAUUCCUGCCUUGCUCGCGGCUGUGGUGAUGCUGAUACUCUUCAUUAUCCUGCGUAAGAGCCAUCGCAGAACCUAUAUGCCCCGUACCUACAUUGGAUCCCUGAAGCCAUGGCAGCGCUCCCCCGAUUCGCCGACCGGAACCUGGAACUGGAUCAAGGCUAUGUACCGGCUUCCCGACACAUACGUUCUGCAACACCACUCAAUGGACGCGUAUUUGAUGCUUCGUUUCUUGAAGCUGUGCUCUGUCAUCCUGUUCGUGGGUUGCUGCAUAACUUUCCCCAUCUUGUGGCCUGUCAAUGCCACGGGUGGUGGUGGCCAGACUCAAUUGAACAUGUUGAGCAUUUCCAACAUCGACGAGACUCAAUACGGUCGCUACUUCGCACACUGUUUCACGGCUUGGAUCUUUAUCUCCUUCGUCUUCUUCAUGGUGACUCGCGAGCAUCUAUUCUAUAUCAACCUGCGCCAGGCGUACCUUUUCUCGCCCGCCUACGCCAGCCGAAUUUCAUCGCGCACUGUGCUAUUCACUGCCGUUACCCAAGAUCUCCUGGACCGGGAGAAAGUUCGCGACAUGUUCGGCCGCGACAAGGUCAAGAAUGUCUGGAUCGCGACUGAUACGAAGGAGCUCGAGGAGAAGGUCAAGGACCGUGAUUCUGCUGCUAUGAAGCUCGAGGCUGCCGAGACUAAACUGAUCGUGCUUGCCAACAAGGCGCGCGCCAAGGCCCUUAAGAAGCAGGGCUCGGCUGAGAACCCUGAGACUGAGAUUGGCGACGGCCAGUUCGAUGAUGAGUCCGGCUCUGUCGCUGCGCGUUGGGUCGAGGCCAAGAAGCGUCCUACUCACCGUCUCAAGAUGCUUAUUGGCAAGAAGGUCGACACCAUCAACUGGGCCCGUUCUGAAAUCGGCCGUCUCACUCCCGAAAUUGAGGAAAUGCAGGCCAAGCACCGUGCUGGAGAUGCGAAGCUGGUUUCGUCCGUCUUUGUUGAAUUUUACCACCAGUCAGAUGCCCAGGCUGCCUUCCAGUCUGUGGCUCACAACCUUCCCCUCCACAUGAGCCCCCGCUACAUCGGUUUGGACCCUACCCAGGUGAUCUGGAGCAACCUCCGUAUCAAGUGGUGGGAGCGCCUCGGUCGCUACUCAGCUACCCUUGCCUUCGUCUGCGCUAUGAUCAUCUUCUGGGCUAUUCCCACUGCUGUUGUUGGUGCCAUCUCCAACAUUGACUCUUUGACCGACAAGGUUCACUUCCUGAGGUUCAUCGACUCCGUUCCGGGAUGGAUCAAGGGUGUCAUCACUGGUCUUCUGCCCACUAUCUUGAUGUCUGUCCUCAUUGCACUGGUGCCCAUCAUUCUUCGCCUGAUGGCCAAGUUGAGUGGUGCUCCCAGUCUCGCUGCCGUCGAAUUGAUCGUUCAGAACUGGUUUUACGCCUUCCAGCUUGUCCAGGUCUUCCUGGUGGUCACCCUCGCCUCUGCAGCUACUAGUGUCGUCACUUCCAUUAUUAAUGAUCCCUCCUCCGCUGCCUCCUUGCUGGCCAAUAAUAUUCCUCGCGCAUCCAACUUCUAUAUCUCCUAUAUCAUUCUUCAGGGAUUGUCGUUCAGCUCUGGUGCCCUUCUCCAAAUUGUUGGGCUGAUUCUCAGCAAGGUGCUGGGCAAGCUGUUGGAUAGCACUCCUCGCAAGAUCUACUCUCGCUGGUCAAGCUUGGCUGGUCUCGGAUGGGGCACAGUCUACCCUUCCUUCACCCUGUUGACCGCUGUUGCAAUCAUCUACUCCUGCAUUGCCCCGCUCGUUAUGGGCUUCGGUACCAUCGGUCUCUACCUGUUCUACUUCGCCUACCGCUACAAUUUGCUAUACGUCUCGAACGCAACUAUUGACACUCAAGGUCGCUGCUACACUCGUGGUUUGCAGCAGCUCACCGUGGGUUGCUAUAUAUCCAUCGUUUGUCUGAUUGGUCUCUUUGCCAUUGGUUCUGCUGCCAACCAGAUCGCCGUCGGUCCCCUGAUCCUGAUGAUCAUCUUCUUGGUCUUUGUCGUCCUGUUCCACCUCGCCAUGAACAGCGCCAUGGAGCCCCUCCUCAACUACCUGCCCAAGAACCUCGAGCUCGAGGAGGAGAGACAACUCGCCGCCGACAAGGCUGCCCUCGGCGCUCCGUACGAGAAUCCGGACUCCGACGAUCUGACCGCUCCCACCGGCUCCACCGUGGCUCCGGCCGACAGCGGUGUUGCCGGCGCGGACAACGGCGUCGACAAAAUCGACUCCGCCGAGAAGGGUGUCGUCGACACUUCUUCUUCAGAGCCAAAGCCCACAGAGCCAAAGCCCAACCUGUUCACCAAGUUCUUCCGCCCAGACAAAUACGCUAACUACCACCAACUGCGCAAGCUGGUUCCCGGCGGCGGCGAGGCCAUGUCCUACCCACCAGAGGCCGAGCGCGAUGCCUACUGCCACCCGGCCAUCACUUCACAGCCCCCUCUCCUCUGGAUCCCCCGUGACCCUAUUGGUGUCAGCGCCCAGGAAGUCGCGCACACCCAGCGCGUCAUCCCCAUCACGGACGAGGACGCCUAUCUCGACGAGAAGUGCAAGAUCCAAUGGAACGUCGAGAAGGGCCUGCCCCCCAUCUACGAGGAGAAGAUUGCCUAUUAA